GCUACGGCGCCCGCCGUCUCCACGGCAACGCGGCCUAGCAGCAGCAGCAGCGGGAGGCGGCAAGAGAUGGACGAGACGGAGAGUGAGCAUGGACCAGGGACCGCACAUCAGGCGUUCCUCACGAUGGAGGAACUCGGCGAUAAACUGAAGCUCCUUCGAUACGAAGAGACUUUCCUCAAACAACACAACAUGAAGCCUCUCUCCAGGCAUUACUUUGCAUUGGCCACUAAUCCAGGCGAGCAGUUCCAUGCAUUUGCAUCACUAGCCAGCUGGCUGAUCAAUCAGGCAGGACGGCCCUUCGAAGCGCCACACGAGCACGAUGACCCCAACGCCACGCUGGCGCGCAUCCUCACAGAGCUGCGGAACACGGGAGCUGCGGUGGAUUUCCCUCCGUCGCGGCUCAAGACGGGCUGUGGGGAGCUCGUAUGCUACACCCUGGAUCGGUUGGCAGAGGCCGCACUGACGCACAGCAACUUCGCAUGGCAAAUGCCGCUGUAUCCAGAGGAGGUGCAGGAAGAUGAGGCGAUCGUGAUUGAUGACUCCGAGCUCACUCUUGAUAAAGUGGAAGAAAGCGCCGGGGGGAAUGUCGAUGAUUAUGAAGAUGAGGAGGAGGAUGAAAACUUGCUCGACUUGGACAAGAUUCGGAGCAAGAAACAGGAGACACCUGGGGCCGACGUCCUGGAGUCUCAGACCGAUGCAGCAGCGUGGAGCCUGGAGCUGGAGCGCAUCCUCCCUCAGCUGCGGGUCACCGUGCGCAGCGACCACAAGGACUGGCGAUCUCAUAUUGAGCAGAUGCACCAACAUCGUCAGGGAAUCGAUUCGGCACUUCUGGACAGCAAGGGUCAGCUGGAGCGACUGCAAGAGGAGAUGUCUCGGACUCUGGAGAAAAUCUCGAGCCGUGAGAAGUACAUGAACGCACAGCUCGAGGGUCUCAUCCAGCAGUACCGCACCGUGCAGCAGCAGCUGGCGCAGGUCAAGGAUCAGUACCGGCAGGGCAGUGGAGGGGUGACCGAACGAGCGCAGACGCUUGCCGAGAUCACAGAAGAGCUCGAAAAGGUGAAACAAGACAUGGAGGAAAGAGGAAGCAGCAUGACUGAUGGAGGGCCCCUGGUGCGCAUCAAGCAGGCCCUCACCCGCCUCAAGCAGGAGACGGAGCACAUGAACGUGCGCGUGGGGGUCGUGGAGCACAUGCUGCUGCAGGCGCGCGUCAGUGACAAGCAUGACAUGACUCGCGAUAUGCACGCCAACGGCACCUACUAGGGCGACAUUCGCAUCGCUCCCUGGCGUCACCCUCCUCCUCAUCCACCGUUGCCACUCUACUGCAUCCAGGACCUUCAUUUCUCUCAAUGUUUUCUGUAUCGCGGUAGACCAGGAGCUGGCACGCGACCUGCAGCCAUGGCAAGAGGUAUAUACUGGGUGCGGUGUGGCGGCUGCCGAAAUAUUAUCUUGGUCAGCGAGCCACAGGCAGACCCCAGCUGAAAUGUGAAGCCCCCCCGACGGCAUCGCAACCCACGCCCAUUAGUCAUGAGCAAAGUCGAAUGGUCCCGUAACUUGUCAAUGUUUACAUGUUAAAUGGCAUGUAGCAGGCGUGCGUUGAACCAUCCAAGGAGCUUUGUAAAUGCAUUGUUCUCUCGGCUACUGUUACUCGAGUUGAAAUGUGUUAUUUCAUUUGAAGAACACUUGUAUUGAUAUGUGUAACCGUGACAAUGCCAAGGUUACAUAUAUUAAAUAUUUUGCCACUGGUAAAGGAGGUCUCAUAGCGUAAAUUAAACAAGUGAUGUGUUGUGUUGACCAUUUUCGCUUAAAAUCACGGAUCAGGAACGAUUGCCAGAAAACCGACAUCUCUGUUCCACGCAAGAAACAUUCUGCUCAUGUUCUCACUUUAUUUCGCUUCUGUCCACUUCCAAAAAUAUUCCUUCACAAUGUCAUUUACAUCAAAUGGAAUGGUGAAUAUAACAUGUUUCAAUCUGCAAUUGUUAAAACUUGUACAAUGUAAACCACAAUGGCAUGGCAACCUAAUACGGGGGCAUUUUCAAAUCAUGUGUGAUGUAAAUAGGCAUAAUGACAUUUACACAGUUUAUUGGACAUUUAAUUUGUCCACUCCACUUUGCAAGUACUGGUCUUGCCAGAACGGCGUCCGCUUUACUUAUUUCAACUCCCAAUUCACAACUCGAUUGUACGGAUUUUAUUUUGUUCACACUCGUAAAACGAACACAGAAACGCGAACAAUUUUACAAAGUCGGCAGACUUGCGACCAAAUUCACUGCAGCAGCUUGUCACGGAUGGAGCUGUGGCAGAAGAGCUUCAGCUUCCAGGGCAGCACGCGCACCUGCACGUCCAUCGCCUCGUACUCCUCGCUGUCGAUGCUGAACCAGCCACCCUGCACCUGGAGGGGGGGCAGACCCGUCCAGCACGUCAAACGCUGGGCAACCGGAAGAGGUCACUAGCUUAUCGACGAAAAAUUAACCCGUAAAAACAAAGUUUUUCACUAUAAAUCCUUUCUAUGCGUGGCGGCUAGAGUCCUCUCGUCCUCUGGCUUGAGAUGGCUGCCACCAUUAAGCAAUUGGUAAUUAAAUAUAAUUUAUUUUUUCCUAAAAAGAGUAAAAUUUUUGAAAAAAAUUUUCACGAAAAUUAAUUGUCACGCACAACGAGUCUGUGUGCAAAAUGUCAGCUCGAUUGGAUCACGGGAAGUGGGUUAAAAAACGACCGAAAGAUUUGCACGGUCGUAAGCAAGCAAGUGAACUUAAUAUAAAGGAUUUUUAAAAAGGCGUUCUCCUUCACAUUCGCAACAAACCAUCUCAUUUACAACGUUACAGUCACACUUGCUGUGGUGUUACGGCGAGCGCACUGGGCGUGCAAUCCAGAGGUUGCUUGUGUUAGAUUUGAAAUUGCUGCAAGUUUCUCAGAUCUCCCCGCCUCUGUCCAUCUCCCAGCAGUGUAACUGGUCACAACCGCAGCCGAUCGGCAGGUGACGCUUGCUGGGGAAAGUGCGAGUAUUUCCACCUCCGAGACGAUUGGCCAGUUUAGAAGAGUAGGCCAAAGAACUCCCUCUAUUCAUGGGGCUCUAGAACUCCCUCUAUGGAGGCCAUUCUGGCAGCAGUGGCAUGAGCUAUUGCAAGUCUGCACGGCUCUUUCGCUGUACAAUACACUUAUACUCUGUAGUAUAACAUCAUUCGAAAUUACCAUUUGCUUCAAUAGCACAUUGUAGUUUUGUUGAACGAGUUUUUGGUACGCCUAUAAUGUUAAGUGACAUUCUGAAAACACGUCAACUAUGCAUACAUUCCAUAUGUGUUCACUCCUAAAUAUUCCAUGUUAAUAGUUAACGAAGGUUUAUUUCUAAUAUUAUUUCUGUUCAAAACAUUAUGGCUCUGUUUAUUUGUGUGAAGACUAAACAACAGAGUGGAAGAGUUUGAAGAUAAUCUUGCAAUUAUCUAGGCACUGUAGCCAAGUGGAGCCAUCUCAUUGAAGAGGUGACUUCUGCUAUGUUUGUGGUCUGACUGGCAUCUUGUCUAUGGCAUGCAUGAUAAUAACAUUGUCAUUAAUUAACUACAUGCCAACAACGUAUCUUUGAAGUGCGUGGUUUCCGGUUUGGGUUGCCCGUUUCUCCUCAAGCGCUCGCGUUGCUGCCGCGGGUGUCUUGAGGAGUUUGAUUUAAUUAAAUCUCUUUUAAGCAGCAA